AUGGCAUUAUCCCAGCCUGUUCCUUUCUCUGCCACCGAGUUCUUCCCGGUCUCCGCCAUCUUCUGCCUGGUAUUCUGGGUGGUCAGGGCCUGGAAGCCUCAGGUCCCCAAAGGCCUAAAGAGUCCCCCGGGGCCCUGGGGCUGGCCCCUGAUUGGACACGUGCUGACCCUGGGGAAGAACCCGCACCUGGCGCUGACGCGGCUGAGCCAGCGGUACGGGGACGUGAUGCAGGUGCACAUUGGCUCCACGCCCGUGCUGGUGCUAAGCGGCCUGGACACUAUCCGGCAGGCCCUGGUGCGGCAGGGCGAUGACUUCAAGGGCCGGCCUGACCUCUACAGCUUCACCCGCAUCACUGACGGCCAGAGCAUGACCUUCAGCCCUGACUCUGGACCAGUGUGGGCCGCCCGCUGACGCCUGGCCCAGAACGCCCUCAACACCUUCUCCAUAGCCUCACACCCAGCCUCCUCAUACUCCUGCUACCUGGAAGAGCAUGUGAGCAAGGAGGCUGAGGCCCUCCUCAGCAGGUUGCAGGAGUUGAUGGCGGGAGCCGGGUGCUUCGACCCCUACAGCCAGGUGGUGGUGUCGGUGGUGAAUGUCAUCAGUGCCAUGUUCUUCGGACAGCACUUCCCCCAGCACAAUGAGGAGCUGCUCAGCCUCAUGGAGAACAGCAAGGAGUUCGUGGAGAUCGCCACCUCCGGGAACCCCGUGGACUUCUUCCCCUUCCUUCGCUACCUGCCCAACCCCACCCUGCAGAAGUUCAAGUCCUUCAACCAGAGGUUCCUGCGGUUCCUGCGGUUCCUGCAGAAAACAGUCCACGAGCACCUGCGGUUCCUGCAGAAAACAGUCCACGAGCACUAUCAGGACCUUGACGAGAACAGCAUCCAGGACAUCACAGGUGCCCUGUUCAAGCACAACGAGGAGGAUUCGAGAGUCAGCGGUGGCCUAAUCCCCCAGGAGAAGAUUAUCAACCUUGUCAAAGACAUCUUUGGGGCAGGGUUUGAAACAAUCAUAACAGCAAUCUCCGGGAGCCUUAUGUACCUCGUGACAAAGCCUGGGAUACAGAAGAAGAUCCAGAAUGAACUGGGUACGCUAUUCGGGGCAGCCCCUAAGCCCUGUCCAUCCUCUGCAGACAGUAAUUGGCAAGGCGCGGAAGCCCAGCUCUCCGACAGACCCCAGCUGCCCUAUAUGGAGGCCUUCGUCCUGGAGACCUUCCGACACUCCUCCUUCAGCCCCUUCACCAUUCUGCACAGCACAAGGGACACAACACUGAAUGGCUUCUACAUCCCUAAGGGGUGCUGUGUCUUUGUAAACCAGUGGCAGGUCAACCAUGACCAGAAGGUCUGGGGAGACCCAUUUGACUUCCAUCCAGAGUGAUUCCUCACUGCUGAGGGCAGAACCAUCAACAAGACCCUGAGUGAGAAGGUAAUGCUCUUCGGCAUGGGCAAGCGCCCGUGCAUGGGGGAGGUCCUGGCCAAGUGGGAGAUCUUCCUCUUCCUAGCCAUUCUGCUGCAGCAGCUGGAGUUCAGCAUGCCACCAGGCAUAAAAGUGGACCUGACCCCCAUCUCCAGGUUGGCUAGGAAGCACGCCUGCUGCAAGCACUUCCAGGCACAGCUGCGCUUCUCCAUCAAGUGA